GGCGACCUGUCUGCGGCUGCGGAGCUGCCGGGCCCCGCGCCUGNGGGGGGCCUGGCGGGCCUGUCCGCGGCGCUGCUGCGCACCGACGGCUUCGUGGGCGGCCGCUGGCUCCCGGCCGCCGCCGUCUUCCCCGUGCACGACCCGGCCAGCGGCGCCGAGCUGGGCUUGGUGGCCGACUGCGGGGUGCCCGAGACCCGCGCCGCGGUGCGCGCCGCCUACGAGGCCUUCUGCAGCUGGAAGGGCGUCUCGGCCAAGGAGAGGAGUUCAUUACUUCGGAAAUGGUACGACUUAAUGAUACAAAAUAAGGAUGACCUUGCCAAGAUAAUUACAGCGGAAAGUGGGAAGCCACUGAAGGAGGCGCAGGGGGAAGUUGUCUAUUCCGCCCUUUUCCUGGAGUGGUUUUCAGAGGAAGCCCGCCGCAUCUACGGAGACGUCAUCUACACCCCCGCACGAGACCGGCGGGCGCUGGUCCUCAAGCAGCCCCUCGGGGUGGCGGCAGUCAUCACCCCGUGGAAUUUCCCCAGUGCCAUGAUCACCCGGAAGGUGGGGGCCGCCCUGGCAGCUGGCUGCACCGUGGUGGUGAAACCCGCCGAACACACACCCUUCUCUGCCCUGGCCCUGGCUGAGCUCGCAAACCAGGCUGGAAUUCCCCCAGGCGUGUACAAUGUUGUUCCCUGCUCCAGAAAGAAGGCGACGGAAGUAGGGGAAACGCUUUGUACGGAUCCGCUAGUGUCCAAACUAUCCUUUACUGGCUCAACAGCGACCGGGAAGAUACUGCUGCAUCACGCAGCAGGCUCGGUGAAAAGGGUCUCCAUGGAGCUGGGCGGCCACGCCCCCUUCAUCGUCUUUGACAGCGCCAACGUGGACCAGGCUGUAGCAGGGGCCAUGGCGUCCAAAUUUAGGAACUCUGGACAGACUUGUGUUUGCUCGAACCGUUUCUUGGUGCAAAGGGGUAUCCAUGAUUCCUUCGUGAAGAAAUUUGCUGAGGCAAUUAAAACAAACCUGCGUGUGGGUAAUGGAUUUGAGGAGAGAACUACUCAAGGCCCAUUAAUUGAUGAAAAGGCAGUAGAAAAGGUAGAGAAACACGUGAGUGACGCGAUUUCCAAAGGGGCCACCGUCGUGACCGGUGGGAAGCGACAUCAACUUGGAAGAAAUUUCUUCGAGCCCACCCUGCUCAGCAAUGUCACCAGGGACAUGCUCUGCUCUCACGAAGAGACGUUUGGGCCUCUCGCGCCAGUUAUCAAGUUCGACACAGAGGAGGAGGCCGUGGCGAUCGCGAACGCGGCCGACGUGGGGCUGGCAGGUUAUUUCUACUCUCAAGACCCGGCCCAGAUCUGGAGGGUAGCAGAGCGGCUGGAGGUCGGCAUGGUCGGCGUCAACGAAGGACUGAUCUCCUCUGUGGAGUGCCCUUUCGGUGGCGUGAAGCAGUCUGGCCUCGGGCGAGAGGGCUCCAAGUAUGGCAUUGAUGAGUAUCUGGAACUCAAAUACGUGUGUUUUGGAGGCUUGUAGGGUUCGUUAGUUCUUUAGAAAAUAAAAAAGGAAGCUUACCUGCAUUCAUGGGGACAUGCCAUCCAUUAUUUUAAGUGAGCGUAUAGGUUACUGGAAUUAGGAAUUUUUAGAAACUCAUCCCGUGUUCACAAUCUCUAGCAGAAGUGAAUCCCACCCCUCCCCUCACCUGACUAGGGACCAGUAGAUGCCACGUGCCUGUGGCUGCAGACUCCCCGGGAACCAGCACUGUGUUCACGGAGCAGAGCCCCGGGACCCCAGCACGGCCCCAUGUGCCUCAGAGCACGCCGCCACGUGAGGCCACAGGGGUCCUGUCACAAAGGCUCCGUCACUGCCUGGGCGGCACAGCCAUCUGUCCUGCGGCUCCAAGCUCCGACCAGAGGCCUGCAGGGAGCGGCCCUGAGCACGACGGGCAGGCUGGCCGGGGCGGGUGCGCCACCCCGGCGAUCUGCCCGCUCGCGGACACAGACCCUGCUGUGUGUUCAGCGGUGUUGCCACGCAGGCUGAAGUCGUCUGUUCUUAAGACCUCUGAAACAGCCCAGAAUUGCCUGUGUUUCUGUGAGGAGUGAAGGGGCACUUUUGCCUUUUUCUGGACCUUUUUAGGUUUAUUUAUUUUUUAGUAGUCUACACCCAACAUGGGGCUCAAACUCAGGACCCUGAGAUCAAGAGUUGCGUGCUCCACCGACUGAGCCAGCCAGGCAGCCCUGGACCAUUUUUUUAAGUUGAAGGCUUCAUCAUCCUAAAUUUACUCCUUAAAGAUGAUGUUUUCAUUUCUGUCCUGUGUUCCAUUUCACUUUGUUUCCUUGAGGAAAUGAGCGUACGCAUGAAGCACAGCCCCUCCCCUUGUGAGCUGACGGAAGGGAAGGCGCGCACAGGAAGGCACGGCUCGGCGGCUCCUUCCCCCCCAGUAGCUUUGUUCCCAUAGACAUGCCAUUCAGCAACCCCGUUCCUCCCGUAGACUGGAGAUUCCGUGUAUGCUUGCUAGCUUGAUGGGCUGUUAUGAGCCUGGCAGAAAGUGAAAUAUUUGCCCCAAAAAAGAAAGAAAAUUUGGUGUAAGUACAGGAGCCGUUAAUAUUAGUAACAGCCCAGCCCCCCUUGGGCAUCCAGCUGUGGCUUUGCCAAGAUGAGGAAGGCUGGUGCGCACCUGCUUUCGUACCUGAGACGAAGCGGCUGUCACCGCAGCCCGCUCUUCCCGUCCUCACGGGGCGCUGCUCCUUCACCUCUGGAAGAACUAACGUCUCACCACAGUGACCCCGAGAGAAAAGCAAAUUUCCAUAACUGCCAAUCCACCUAAUGGAAGAGGCACAAGGCCUUGAAUGUCAGGCACCCUUUACCCAAUAAGAGUUUUUACAGUUCAUUAUUUAAAACAAAAAGGACCAGUGUUUCCUAUCACUUUGAAAGAGGAACCCCGAUUCAGAAAAUUCUAGGCUUUUCUGGACAGGUCUUCCAUCCAUACUCAGACCCUGAGGGGAAGGAAUUGAGGCUGUUCGUGGCUGAGCAGAAAUGAAGCUCUUUCCUUUCCUACUCUGUGUGUGGAAUCCACGGACAUUCCAUGCUUGUCCGGGUGGUGGAAGGAGAACCUGAGGGCAGGCGUGCUAGAGAGGCCGUUCUUACCACCCCCUGGUACUUAGCAUCCUUCCCUGCACCCCCGGGGGAGCCAGGGUUAAGUCACUGACAGUCUGGAAUGCCCCUGGGCACAGAGGAAGUCGCCUCUGGUCCUCGAGCUACUUCUGUGAGCCUGCAUCGUACCAGCUGUAGCCCGAUACCCACAGAAGAAACGAGCUGACGUCCACCUCCUGGUAGCAUGUCUCACCCACACCCCGUCAGGAAUCACAUAUGCAGCAUAUCGACAGUUUGUUUCUUUCUGUUUUUAUAGUUUUAGGUGGUUUUCUAUAACUUUCUAAUUACUUAAGAUUUGGAUGUGUCCACCUGUUUUAACAAUAAAGACGCUGUAACAUUGGUAAGUCUGGAACGCUGAUGCUGGGGGUGUUAGGAGAAUACAUUCACAUACGUGGGUAACUUUGUAAGCCAUGGAUUCCUUGGCUGGGUGGCAGAUUUGAGUUUUCUUGUACAUUUGGCUCACCGGGUACAUAAACUAAGGUCCAGAGACUCAUUGCAAUGUCUUUGAUUAAUUUUGUAUUUAAAAUGACUUGAGAAGGAAAAAGGUUACUGUUUAGUAAAACUGUUCUGGGUUGUGGAAAGAAAGAAAUGUGUCUCUAAUUGAACAUUUUGGGGGGUUAUUUUUCAGUAAGGUAACCCUGUGUGAUGAAGGUAGCCAGGGGUUGGCAAACGACAGCUCACAAGCCAAAUCUGGCCUGCCCCCCGUUUCUGUAUAACCCAGAGCUAAGCAUGGUUUUGUAUUUCCAAAUGAUGGGGGGGAAAUCAAAGGGAUAAUAUUUCAUAACACAAAAUUACAGGAAAUCCAGAUUUCAGAUUCCAUCAAUGAAACUGUAUUGAAAUACAACCAUGCCCAUUCAUUUAACAUUGGACCCAUGGCUACUUUCUUGGCAGAGUUGAGUACCGGCAACACAGACCGACAGUAUGGCCUGCAAAGCGUACGAUAUUGACUCUGACUGCUUACAGAAAGUUUGCCAACGCCUGGUCUAGAGAUACUGAUGCUGAGGGAGAUACUGAUCUUCCUGCAUUUAUCAGGCAUUAUUUUAUUUCAUUGAACACCUGUGUGAAAAGUAGGGGCCUUGCUCCAACAAGUUCUCACCAUGAACUUGCCAGCAAUGAUCAUAUAACUCAGAUGAAAUUACCUGGAUAACAGGAGUGUGUUGGCCUAGAAAAAAAUUCUCAAUUUACUUUCCCCAGCUAGGCAGGGAUUCGCAUUGAAACAGCUUAUCUGCAUCUGUUGUAUUUAUCCCUUUGGCUUUCAAACACGAUUUUAUGUCAAGUGUUGUUUUCUUUUCUCCUUUAUGCUUAUGAAAGACUCCAUGAAAAUAAACAUCAGAAGCACAAUGCAAAUAAAUCUGAUUUUACUGUUAUACUCUUAACUUUAGAUUGUGCCACAUGCCUGCCUUCCCAGAAGGCUGGAACCCAGGGUUUUAAUUAUUCAUGUGCAGCUAUGUUAGACAGCAUUUUACUUGAAUAAUAUUACGUGUGAUUUUUUUGUGUGUGCUAUAUUUUGUAGGGUAAAACUUGGGAAUAAGUGUGGUGCAAAGUGUGGAAACAUUUUGCUUUUUAAACGUGCACAUAACUCAUUUGUCCAGCUUUGAUAAUUGUGUACGGGUAUCAGUGUCUUGUCAGCAGAGUUGUGUGUGUGUGUUGUAAUUAAUAAAUGUUGCAUUAACAGAA